GUGCAUUAUACCAUGUUUUUAAAAAAAAAACAUUUGACAUAUCAAACAACUAGAGGAAAAGAUAUUCAAAAUUUGUGACAAGCAUAGACAGAAGGUGAAAUUUAGAGUGGAAGUGGGCUAGGGUUCAUGAGUCGCUAAAAACUAGGUUGUUUUCUUAAGUGUGUUGGCUGUCACACAAACUAUUUGGCAACUGGGCUGCAACAAUAGGGUCCACAACACUAGUUAGGUGGGUCCGGUUGCACUGGAUCAAAUGAGUUGGGCCCUCGUCCAUCGAAAGGCCCUUUUACAGCCAUUUACCUGCUCCUGCUUGGCUGCUUCUAGUCCUAUCAUCAUACUCGGAAAGGGUUUGUGGGAUUGUUUGGAAGCAUGGCUCCCGAUGUUCUUGUACAAGCGGGGCUUCUGAUCCUAACCCUAGUUAUAUUCGUUGCUAUGUACAAGCUCCCCAAACAAGCCCUAGCCAAGCUCCGUCUCAAGAACCGAGCUACGGUCCAAGCCAACCGUCACUUCUUCCAAGGGGCUCAGCUACUCGCUCGAGCCAGAUCCGCCCAGAAGCGAGCUACUUCCCUAACCCUAGCCCAAAGUGCAGUCGCCGAAGCCAACAAAGCCCUCAAUCUGGACCCCAAGGACGCCGGCGCUCAGAUCCUCAAAGCCUUGGCCUUGGAUCUUCAGGGCCACAAGUCCUCUGCCCUCAGAUCCCUCGACGCCGCCCUCUCGCCGCCGGCAGUGAAGUCACUCUCUGAUCGAGAGCGAGGGGACGCGCUGUUUAAGAGGGCGGAGUUGCGGGUGGCUAUAAACCGGAGGCGGAGGGUUGACUCGGCGGUAGCGGACCUAGUGGAGGCGGUGAGGCUGAGCGAGGAUAACUGCAAGGCGUUCUGUUUGUUGGGUGAGUGUUAUGAGCACAAAGGGAUGAAGGAUGAGGCCAGGAAGGCCUUUCUCCAGGCCCUGAAGAUCGAGCCCACUUCAGAUGCUGCCCGCCAGGCCUUGGAACGCUUGGCCUCACCUUCCUGAACUUCAGAGUGGGCUGGGCUGGGCUUGACUUGACUAGGAAGUGCCUACAACGUUGUUAUAAUCCCAGUGGUCUCAUCAGUUAUUGUUUGGAUGUAAUGGUAAUACACUUUUCCUUGUAUGCAAAAUUUCUGGUCCACACUAUUUUUGCAUAUUAUGCAACAAGAUAAUGGAUGUAACGCAUUGGCUUUGCUA